CAAAGAAAACGGAUCCUUAUUUUACGGUCUCCUUAACCUUAAAUAUAGUAAAAUGGUAAAAGAAACAAAUUCAUGUGGUGUAAAAUUGUGUGAAGUCUUUAUCUAUCUAUAUAUGAAGUAAAAUUCACACACAAAUGCUUUUGGGCUAACAACGUCAUCGUAAUCUUUAACUUUUCCAGGCUCCUUUUUCAAAAUUCCGACUGGUUUAUCGAGGGCUAAAGAAUCCGGUCACCGUCACCGGAGACAAACCUCGGUUUCUAAACAAGAGAGAAACCAUCGUGAACGACGGAAAAAAGGAGCUUGAAGACAUAAACAAAUAUGACGAGCGUUUUCGACGAACCUAAACCCUCCGACGACAAUAAACAACACGAGUCCAAGAUCGUAAUCAACGGAGAAGAAGAAGUAGAGGAGGAGGAUGAGAAUGAUAACCCGAUUGAGGAAGUCCGGUUAACUGUACCGAUAACCGACGAUCCAACGCUACCGGUUUUGACAUUUCGAACAUGGUCUCUUGGACUUGUCUCUUGCAUAUUGCUUGCGUUCGUGAACCAGUUCUUUAGUUUCCGGUCAAACCAGCUUUGGGUGUCUUCCGUUGCGGCGCAGAUCGUGACGCUUCCUCUCGGGAAACUCAUGGCGGCGACGCUUCCGACAAAGAGAUUCGGGUUUCCCGGGACGAACUGGUCGUGGUCGUUGAACCCUGGUCCGUUCAACAUGAAGGAACACGUUCUCAUUACUAUAUUUGCUAACACAGGAGCUGGUGGAGUUUACGCCACAAGUAUUAUUACCAUUGUUAAAGCUUUUUACCACCGUAAACUCAAUGUUGCCGCGGCGAUGCUGCUCACACAGACUACUCAGUUGUUGGGAUAUGGAUGGGCUGGACUUUUCAGGAAGUUCCUCGUGGACUCGCCGUAUAUGUGGUGGCCGUCGAACCUGGUUCAAGUCUCACUCUUUAGAGCUUUACAUGAAAAAGAGGAUCUACAAAAAGGGCAACAAACAAGGCUUAGAUUCUUCCUCGUUGUCUUUAGCAUCAGCUUUGCUUACUACAUAAUCCCUGGAUACCUCUUCCCUUCCAUUUCCGCAAUUUCAUUUAUUUGCUGGAUUUGGAAAAGCUCAGUGACCGCUCAGAUAGUCGGUUCGGGGCUCAAGGGUUUAGGAAUUGGUUCGUUUGGUCUUGACUGGUCCACAGUUGCUGGUUUCUUAGGCAGUCCAUUGGCUGUACCAUUCUUCGCCAUUGCUAAUUUCUUUGCCGGAUUCUUCAUCUUCUUGUACAUUGUUCUACCUAUCUUCUACUGGAGUAAUGCAUAUGAUGCACAGAAGUUUCCUUUCUAUACUUCACAAACCUUUGAUCACACUGGACAUUCCUAUAACAUUUCCCGUAUCCUCAAUGAGAAAGAUUUUGAUAUCAACCUUGGCGCUUACAACGAUUACAGCAAGCUCUAUGUGAGUGUGAUGUUUGCUUUGCUCUAUGGACUCAGUUUCGGCUCUCUUUUUGCUACCAUCUCUCAUGUCGCCCUGUACGAUGGAAAGUUUAUAUGGGGGAUGUGGAAGAAGGCAAAGACAGCAACAAAGGACAAGUACGGAGAUGUGCAUUCGAGAUUGAUGAAGAAGAAUUAUCAAGCAGUACCUCAAUGGUGGUUCAUCACGGUUCUCAUUAUUUCCUUUGCUUUCGCAGUCUAUGCUUGUGAGGGCUUUGACAAACAGCUUCAACUUCCAUGGUGGGGUCUUGUACUCGCGUGCGCCAUUGCCUUGUUCUUCACAUUGCCUAUUGGAGUUAUCCAAGCAACUACAAAUCAGCAAAUGGGUCUUAAUGUCAUAACAGAACUGAUCAUCGGGUACUUAUACCCAGGAAAGCCACUAGCCAAUGUCGCUUUCAAGACAUACGGAUACAUCAGUAUGUCUCAAGCCUUGUACUUUGUAGGAGACUUUAAGCUUGGUCACUACAUGAAGAUUCCUCCAAAAUCAAUGUUUAUCGUCCAGCUUGUUGCAACUGUUGUUGCAUCAACUGUCUGUUUUGGAACAACCUGGUGGCUGAUUACAUCUGUCGAGAACAUAUGUAACACUGAUUUGCUCCCGGUCGGUAGUCCAUGGACUUGUCCUGGAGAUGAAGUGUUCUACAAUGCAUCGAUCAUAUGGGGAGUGAUUGGUCCAGGGAGAAUGUUUACCAAAGAGGGUAUCUAUCCUGGGAUGAACUGGUUCUUCCUUAUCGGCAUCCUCGCUCCAGUUCCCUUCUGGUAUCUAUCAAAGAAGUUCCCUGAGAAGAAAUGGCUAAAACAGAUCCAUAUUCCCUUGAUCUUCUCUGCAGUAAGCGCAAUGCCACAAGCCAAGGCUGUGCAUUACUGGUCCUGGGCUAUCGUUGGAGUUGUGUUCAACUACUACAUCUUCAGAAGGUUUAAAAGUUGGUGGGCAAGGCACAACUAUAUCCUCUCUGCAGCGCUUGAUGCAGGUACUGCGAUUAUGGGAGUGUUGAUAUUCUUCGCAUUUCAGAACAAUGAUAUAAGCUUACCUGAUUGGUGGGGGCUCGAGAAUACAGACCAUUGUCCUCUAGCCCAUUGCCCAACGGCCAAAGGUGUUGUUGUUAAAGGUUGUCCCGUAUUCUAAGAUUGAUGUAGAUGCAAAGUUGUCCUGAAAGGGGUAACUGCUGAUCUCGUAAAACGCUUUGGUAAUCCUUGUAUCUGUAAAAAAACCCUCCCUAUGAAGCUAUGGGAUUCAGGCAAUGCAAAGCACUAGGUUUGGUUUCAUGUUCUUCAGUAUUUAACUAUGUACUUUGUACGUUUAAGAACAAUAGCCAAAUAAAGUAGAGCUUUCAUGCCAACUAAUAUAUAAUCAAAAUGCAACCAAAGACAUAAGAAAAUUGAUCACGAGAACAAGCUCCAAAAUAUAUCAUUCAAAUGAUAAAACUAAGGUUUAUAAUGUGUACCAAUUAAAGGUAAUUUGAGCUCUGCUGCGUAACUGGAUAAUACUUUGACAAGAUUCAAGGGAAAUACUUUAACAAGGGUCUCCGAUAACAUUUUGUUUUUCGACUGAGAUGAUGAAAGCAAAAGUCUAUUUUAACUAUAUCGCAUACCCUUCUUCAGUUGAAAA